CUAGCUUUCACAAUACAUCCAGCUGUAUCCGUGACUGUUUUGUCAGCAGUAGGAAUUUCGUCCGCAGACUGUAAACAGGGAAGGGACGAUGUCGAAGCCAACAGUGUACGUUACGCGGAAAAUAGCGCUGGAUGCAAUCACUCUUCUGAAAGCAGCGCGAACAUCAGAUUGUGGGACAGCGAAGAACAGUGCCCUCGAAAGGAACUGAUUGAGAAUGUAAAAGACUGUGAUGGAAUAAUUUGUACAGUCGUUGAUAAUAUUGAUACAGAAGUUUUGAAUGCAGCAGGUAAAAAUCUGAAGGCAGUUUCCACUGUAUCUGUGGGCGUAGUGCAUAUCAACACCACAGAGUGUUCCAAGAGAGGAAUUCAGGUACUCAAUACACCAGACGUUGCCUCAGAUUCCGCUGCCGAGUUCACAGUGGCCUUGACCCUCGUGACCGCCAGGCGUCUUAUCGAAGGGCUGGACGCUGUUACGACGGGACUUUGGGGGCCAUGGCGUCCCAUGUGGUUGUGUGGAACCGAGAUGUCAGGCCGCACCAUUGGUAUCAUGGGCUUUGGUAGGGUCGGCUUCGGUGUUGCACGACGUUUGAAAGCAUUCGGCGUCGGCAAGAUCAUCUACCACGACCUCUUCUCCGUCGGCUACGCCGAACAGGUAGAAGCGCAGCUGGUGGCAUUUGACGAGCUGCUGAAAAAAUCCGACAUCCUCAUCAUCACCGUUGCUGCUACGGCAAAGACUAUCAAAAUUUUCAACAAAGACAGCUUUGCAAAGAUGAAGAAUGGGGCCAUCUUCAUCAACAUUUCUCGCGGGGUCAUCGUCGACCACGACGCGCUGGCUGUAGCCAUCACGAAAGGGAAGAUCCAGCGGGCCGGCCUUGACGUCACGGACCCCGAGCCCCUGCCUUCGAAUCAUCCGCUGAUGAACAACCGGAAGGUAAUCAUCACGCCCCACCUCGGCACCAACACCUGGGACACUCGCAAGAACAUGUCCAUUGCAGCAGUCGACAACCUCCUUCAUGCUCUUGGCGAAGCCGGACAAGGCUCAAAGAAAAAGGCAGCUUCAAGCUCAGGUUUUUUAUGCUGCUGACACCACCAAAACCAGCUGGUUUGCAUGUGUUGAAGACAAGACCAAGAAACUCUCUGUUCUUGCCGUUAGUUCAAAACACACCAGCUGAAUUUUUGAGCUCCACUGAAUGCUGUUAUCACUACUGGCAUUUUCGCCACCCACACCACCACUCCAGCCGACUACGACGAUCGCUGCACUGCGAUUUAAGGCUCUCAUGUGUCUUACUGCAAGCUGAAUUUGCUCCGCUGAAGACAUUCAGUUACGUUUCUGAACUAUUCUCUCUUAAUUUUGAGGAGUACUAUCGUACAAUGCCGUUUAAAACAAUUCUGGAGAUUUUUUGCAUGCUUGGAUAUAUAAAAAGGACCAAUACUUUGCUUAAUGUUUGCAGCUGCGUGAGUUUAAAAAGAUAUUGUGCGGUUGAAAUAUGUGAUACAUUAAAGUAGACUCUAAGAAACUUCCAGUUGUGCAUUAAAUUGUGAAAUUCUAAA